UAAUGCACAUGCAGUUUAGGCCACUCCCGCUCACACUCACAGGAAGUGAAAUGUGGAAGCAUAACUGAAGAAGAGAAGAAAAGACCUCACAGCUGGAGCUUUUCGAUAGUCUCUAGCUGAGAUCUUCUCUGCUGCUUAAUCAAGGGAUUUCUGGGUGAUGGCUGCUCUCAGGAUUUUCCUCUCCUUGUCCAUGUUUGUCCUGCUGGCUCAUCAAACGGCUGCCAAAAACGACGCUCCCUGCCAGCUCUCCAAGUGGAACAAUGGCUACCAGACUUUCCUUAAACGGCACAUUCGUGCAGGCACCCCCACAUCACUGGACCAGAAUGAGUGGGAGAAGUACAUCAGGAACAACGGGGGCUGUGACAGACCCACCCAGUCCUUCCUCCACCCAAAGGACCUGGACAGAGUUAAGGAUGUCUGCACCAGUAAAGGGGGGAAAAAGUUCAAGGAGAACUUGUGCAUCAGCAGUCAGCCUUUCACUUUUUUCACGGUGAGAAGUGAGCCAGGCACAUGUGGGAUCAGGAGCGUCCGAGAGGAGACCAAGCAUCUGAUCUUGGCCUGUGAGGUGCUCAGCAAUCAGUGCUUGCCGGUCCACUUUGAGGGAAACCCCAAAAACUUAAAGCCAGACAACAAUGCUGCGGGCUGCCAAGACACAGAUUCCAAGGAUGAAGCUCCCAGCUUCAGAAAAACGUGGCUCUGGUUGUUAUUUGCUCUGCUUUUUAUUGUUUUAUACAUGAGAAACUAGAUCAGCAUUCUGUAUUCAGUGUUCUCUGUCAGUUUCUGAAAACCUUUCAGUAAAAGUUUUUUUACGUCUUUCAGAGAGCUUCUGGUUUUAAAAUCAGUAUUAAAUAUUCAACAAAAUUUAAAUCUAAAAAGUAUUUUUGUAAGAAAAGCUCAUUUUCUGACAUGCAUGUAUGUUUAUCUUUAUUCUAAACAUUAUGCAUGGAGCAGUAAUGCUGCUCUGAUUUUAUCUAAUGUUUGGUAAAUAAUGUCACAGGUUUGUAUUUUAUAUUAAAAAGGAGGAAUUAAAUUGGAUUUUGAAAGGGA